GAAGCAAAGAAUGAACAAAGUGCUAACCCAUUAUACUUUGAUGGAUCAUGCCUUCCAUAAAGAAACUCCAAUACACUGAGUAUGGAUGGAUUUUGAGCAAAGUGAGCUUUGCUAUGGCCAAAUGGAUUGUGAGCUAUCCUGUCACUGGUUCAGGAAUAAAUAUCGCCUUGGCUCAAUGGAAGUCUUGAAGCAGAAAUUAUAUAUUCGGAAGGAAAAUAUUGCUCUGGCAAGUUGUUUUAUUAGAAAUAUAUAGCAACCGUUUGAAGCUGCUCAGAGGUUUGGAAUGUCCCCAAGGAAAUGAGCUCAGGACUCCAAACUGCAAUGGACCAGAAGGGGAUCCAGUUACUCUCAGUCAUCCUCAUUUUAGGGCUCAGUGCACUGACUGAAGGAGCAGAAGCCCCAGCUCCAUGCCGAUGUAAUGUGGAUCCAAAAACCAGAGACAACUGCGGGCCUCCAGGAAUCACUGCUGAGCAAUGCGAGAAUGCAGGAUGCUGCUUCAGUUCAGAAGUUCCUGGCGUCCCCUGGUGCUUCACUCCUCUCGCAAGAAAAUAUAAAAAGGUCUGCCAAGAAGAGGUAAAACUCAGACAGAACUGUGGUUACCCCGGCAUCUCAGCUGAAGUAUGUGAGGCAAGAGGAUGUUGUUUUGAGUCAAGACCCCCUGCUGUCCCCUGGUGCUUUUUUCCUCAUCUGGUGGAAGAAGCUUGUUAAAGAGACCGUGCUUUCAGGAACUUUCACCAGGAACCUCUCUGUCAGUGGAUCUACUCACGCAGGAAAAUAAUAGAAAGCCCUCACCUCUUACACUUUGCACUCUGAAAUCAUUCUGAUUUCCAGAUCAUUUUUGCCUUGGAUUUACUCCUUUUCCAAUGACCCUAUUAAUCACAGCUUUUAUUCUUUUCAGUCAGUUG